GUUUAUAAAAUCCCAGCAUGCCGUAGUAGAGUUUGAUAUACAAUGCCGAUGGAAUUUGGUUAAAUAAAUGCUUAUAUUUGCACAGGAUAUAAUAUUCAUAUGGAUUUUAUUCAUGCCAAAGAAUUAAUUAAGAAUUGGUGCCGGCAAUUUGAAAAAUGCAUUAUAAAUAAAUCUUCUUUUUGAAGGUUGUUUCAGUCGUUUGCGAAGCGCUUUAAAAUUUACAAAAAACUUGAGAGUCAUGAUAAAAAAGAAUGGUUUAUUUUGUACAAUUUAAGAUAAAAAGGAUGUGCAGUAUUUGAAAAGGAUUUUAAAUUGUCAAUAUUAUAUACCAUGAACAUUUGAAGUUAAUUCUCUUAUAUCUAGUUUUUGAGUUCUAAUGUAGGACUAUGAUUUCAGGGUAGAAAAAAUAUUUUGCCUAAAAUUUCACCGUCAACGUAAUCUGAAGAAAUGUGUUUGCUAGGUCUCUGAAAUUGCUUGCUAAGGCAUUUAGUGAAGUGUUAAAAGUGAUUUGUUUAACUUUCAGUUUUAUCAGUGUGACAAUACUUACUUUACAUAAAGAGGAGUCAAGUGGCUUAAAUUGAUCAAACGUCGGGGAUUAUCCUCUUUGUAUCUGUCUAUAUACGAGUAUGAACAUAGGGUUCAAUUUUAUUUCUUGUUCGGCAAACAAUAUUUUCAAAACUACUGUGCUACGAAAAUGUGGACAUUUAUUAUACCUAAAUGUGUUUCGAUGAAUGAUAGUUUGUAGAAGUAUGCUCUCAUUAUGUUUAGAAAUGUUGGGGUGAAAUUGAGUUUAAAAGGGGUCUACAUAAAAUAGUGAAAACUGUGCAAAAUAAAAAAAAAAAUAUCUGAAUUUUUUUAUGAAAUAUUAUGGGAUAGAAUAAAACAGAAGUAAAAUGUGUAUUCAGAUUCGGAGUAUCUUGAUUUACAUAUACUGCACUGAAAUAGGACCCUAAUUUGCAAUAAAAGGGAGUAAAAAUCUUGCCAUGGAGUUAACAGAUUGUUGUGACCCCCCUCCAGGGCUCAGUAGAGCUCGUAUGGAAUAUAAUGCCCUGCUUAGGACUAACCUUGGGCGCUACUUUGCAAGCACUGAGCCUCCAUCGACAAUCACCACAACACCAGUGAGUCUCCAAAAUGGCAGCCCACAUCUAGGCCCCCCACCCCCCAUUCCAGCUAGUUUCCCACCGGCAAUGUCCCUACAGAGCGAUGGGCGCAGCGCUGAGGAAGAAGAUCUUGAUGAUUUGGUAGCUCCAACACAGACAAAACCUUUUGGUACCUCUCUCAGCCAAUUACCCGACUUCUCCGGAACAACGGGCCUGUAUCGAUCAGGCCUGGAUGUUCCAUUUGACGAUGACGGCCUUUCAGUAACGUCCACAGAAAACGGUGACAUCAGCAGCUCUUAUCGACCAGAAAACCUGCCAUACGGAAAAGAUAUACUCGUUAAUAUGAAUUUGAAUGACUCAAACGCAGUACUAAAACUGCAGGAACACUUGCGUGAACAUCGCAAGCAGCUGGAGCAUGAACGCAGUCAGAAAAAUCUCCUGGAGGCGAAAGAGAAACAGUGGAGCAAAGUUAAACAAGACAUGCAGAAGUCGAUAGACAACCUGAAGUACCAUAAGUCUGUGUUGGAACAAGGCAAGCUGGAUUUGGAAGCCAAAAUACGCCAACUAGAAUACACAGUGAGUGAUGAAGAAGAAAAAAAGAGAAAUGCCGAACUUCUGCUCAAGAAGACAAAAGAUCAGCUUACUAAGAAGGAAGAUCAGUACACGCAGGAGAUGGAGUUACGGCAGCGGGCAGAACUGUCCAUGAGAAAUGUACAGAUGGAACUCAGAUCAGCUCAGAAUCAAAUGAAGGAUCUUGAGGAUGAAAAGGCGGAACUCGAGCGUCACCUGUCAAAUGAGAAAUCAGCACGAGAGCUUCAGGAGCGAAUCAACGAGGAGCAACAGCGUCUACAACAACAUAUGCAUGAGGAGUCACUGCUUAAUACCUCACAGAGGGAUUCCGAAGGGGAUGAUGCACAGACUGCCCUAGAACUAGCUGACAAUGACCUUAAACACAAUAAAGAUAUGCUGGACAAGUACAAGAAUGAAAUUGCUGCACUCAAGGCUGAACUUCAACGCCAACGUUCCCGACUGACUGAGGAGAACAGCCAACUCUCCGGAGAAAACGAGGCCCUUCAAGCACGACUGGAAGACCUCCGAGCGGAACUCCACAACCACGAGGAGGCCCUGACACAGAUUACACUCCAACAAAACAUUGCGCAGGAUAAACUGGUCAAGGAAAACAAGCUUCUGAAUAAUUCUCUGGAUCAGGAGAGGCUUGCUAGGGAGAAGAAUGACGACGAGUUGGAUUCCAUCAGAACAAGGUUACAGUCCACUACAGUACAGCUUGAAAAAGCCCAGCAGGCUAGAAGUGAUCUUGAAAGACGUCUCCAUGACGACCGUGAAGAAUGGGGACGUCAAUUGGAACGUAAGGAUGCUGAAUUGUCUUCAGCCAAGGAGAAAAUGCAGAAUUACAUGCACGGUAUAAACUCCAUGGAAACAAAGCUGAAUUCUGUUGAAAAUGAGCUGCAGAUCUCCAACACAACACUCCUGGAGCGAACCAAUCAGUACCAGCAGACCCAACGAGAUCUUCAGUACUACAAGACUGCGCAGGACAACUAUGAUGCAAACUUCAGGCAUGAAAAGGAACAGAAUGCAAAACUCCAAGCAAAGAUAGAGUCAUUCCAAGACAGGUUGACAGGUCUGCAGCAUGAGAACCUUACUCUAAAACAACAAGUGGAUACAGCACAGGUCAUGGCCAGUGACCGUGCCGGCCAUGACAUUCAAGAUAAGCUCAACACCAUGAUUGCAUCUCUCAAGGCUGACCAUGAAAAGAUGAGAGCAAGUCUAGAGGAGAAGAAUCAGAAUCUACAAGACACGAUCUCGCGACUACGUGAUGAGGUCCGUAACUCUGAGAACCGGCGUAGCAAUCUGGAACAGGAUAUCAGACGUCUUAACCAGGAGCAGAACGAUUUCAUUCGAAAACACUCCAUGGCUGAGGCUUCACUAGAUGUCGCAAAUAAGGCGCGUGAACAGCUUGAACAAGAGCGUUUAGCGCUGAAAAUGGAGAUUGAGAAGCUCCAGGCCAAGUACAACACAGCUCAGGAAAAAACAAUCGAGGCUCAGACACGUAUGGGUGAACUCGUGGAUCGGCUUGACCGCACAGAGCAGUCACGCAUGUUAUCUUCCCAACAAUUGGCAGACACGUCGGUGACCAUGCAGGACUUCAAUAAAAGCAAGUCUGAACUGGAAGAGAAUUACCAGCGCCUUCAGGUGGAGAAUGUCCGUAAUGAGGCAGAGCUUAAACACGAGAAACAGAAGACAGAAAUGUUACAGCGAGACCUUGCAGACUCACAAAAGGUUCGUAGCAGUCUCGAGGCUCUGUGUUCGAACCUGAAGUCAACAAAUGCACACCUAGAGGAGAAAUUAGGGCCUGAACAGUUACGCGAGGUCACUGCUAGCGGCGAGAUCGCUAAUCGUAACGCAGUCACAAAGGAAGCUGAGGAACACAAAGGUCUUUGGGAACAGGAAGUGCUUUCUAGAUCUAAACUUGGGCUUAGGAUUGCUCAAUUGGACCGCCACAAGCAGGAAACGUCAACACAACUAGAGGAAGAGAAACGUCGCACGCGGAAGGCUCUACAAGAGAAAAAACUCGCGGAGACAAAACUUGAGUCAGAGCAGGAAAAGAGCCAGGGAUUACAAAAAGAAGUAGCCAACUUGAAAGCAUAUCUGAAAGUGGCCAAGAAACGUCUUAAGGAGCCUGGCGCUGACGAUGCUCUGGAUACAUCUGAAACGAGAAUAAGCAGCAUAAACACAGCUUUCGACAGAGAACGCCAAGCUAUGGAAGAAAUGCUCAUCUCUGUAAAAUCCCAGUUUGAGCAUAUGAAACUGCAACUCCAAGACGAAAUUGAGGAAAAAGAGCGAAUAGGAAAUAAGAAUGCUCAGUUACAAACUGAGUUGAAAAAUCUCCGAAAGUUGGAACAGUCCGUCAAGAAGAUCGAUCGGAGUAAGAGGAAACUCGAAGACGAUUUUCGAAUAUACAAGACCACAGUCGAAGCAGGAUAUACAGAGAAAUCAACAGUGGAGGAGGCUCGUCGCGAGAUUGAGGCACGGUAUCGGCUGGAGCUCAAUCGCAAGUUGGACGAGGUGAAUAAUUACCUCGAGGAGCAGGCCCGCACUCGACAGAAACUUGAUAUUGGAAGGGAAGAGCAGGAUAAUAGAAUAAGGUCCGAGAAGAAACGGCUGGAGGAGGAGUGUACAGAUCUUCGUAUCAAGUAUGAACAGGCAGUCGCAAAACUGGAGACGAAGGAGCUUGAAUCUAAACGUUUCCGUGACCUUUACGAGAGCGAGAUGCAGUGGAGAAUGAGACUCAGCGAACAGCUCUACCGCUCCACUGACAAGGCAUUCGGCUUCAAAAACAAGUUAGUUGCCGAGCGACAGAAGAACCGCAUGUUUGGUAGCCUUACCAAUCUCUCCAUGAACGGUCAGGCGCUGGAUUUGAGUAAACUCAACGGCUCGUUGGCGGACGAGGCUCUCAGUAAUAGACUUCGGGCAGAACUGGACAGAAGCAUAGCUAAACACUUAGAAGCUGCGCCGCAUGACCAGAUUCAGCCACUUCUCUCAAGAGACGACCCCAUCCUUUCUUCAUCAAAUUUUGCCAAGUCCAGUGCCGACUACAUCGAAGUUUUAAAAAGAAAAUAUUGUGUAUAGCAUUAACUUUGUCAAGGAAAACAAAGAUUAAAAUAACAUCAAUUUUUAAAGAUUUCUUUUUGUGUAUAUCGCAAUUUUCAUCAAGACUUAUUUACAUCGAAGUUAUGAAAUGGAAAUAGUAUGUCUAUCGUAGCAAAUGCCAGCCAUUGCAAUAUGCCUUCCGUCCAGUUGUUUUGGGUUGUUUAUUUUUUAAGUGUAAAUAUAUUUUACAUUUUUACUUUUGAAUUUCACCCUUGGUUGUUUAGAAUUUUUGUUUAUUUUUUAAAUAAGCACUUACAGAGAUAUAUUUGAUCACUUAAUGGAAAAAAGAAUGGAGAUAUAUUUGAGCAUUUCAUAUAAAAAUAAAUGUACUGAUUACAUAGCUUAAUGUACAUGUAUGCUAUAUACAUGUAGUAUGCCCCAUAUUCUUUAUGAAAUGGUUGCAGAACUAGUGUUUUGAUUUUAAAAAAGAUCUUGUUUGAUUUGCCAAAGAACUGUGCCAGUUUUCAUUUUGUACAUUAUACAGAGAUUAAGCGUGUCAGACUGUGAUUUUGUUUUUCAUUUUUUCGUUAUAAUUUUAUCAUUGUAAGUUUGUUUUUUUCUUUUUUAAACAGAAAACAGCGAAGUUAUUUUAAGUUUAAAAUAUCAACACAGUUUAACUAUGAGAUAUGUGUCCUCUAUAAAUUAGAGGAUUUUGAAUAUUAAAAAGAAAAAAUCAAAAUGGGUAAAAAUUACUAAACAUGAAAAUAACAUUUUUUUCCAGAUUUAAUUUAUGAUCAAUGCCAAUAUUAGAUUGUUUUUUGUUUUUACCAUACAAAUGUACCACUAUUUUUUCCUACAUUUUGUUUAUCCUAGCUUUUCAUCCACAAUACCAGUUGGUAUUUAGUUUAGUCUCUCAGUGUAAUUCUAAAUCUUUGCUUAAAAAAAAUAUUAGCAAUAAAGCAUCGAUUUAAGCGGGUAUUAAAAUUAACAAAAUACUGAUAUUAAUCUGUCUGCAAUGAAUAAGCCUUCACGGGGAUGCAGUUUAUCAUUUUCAUAAAAAUAAAUGCAUUAUAGAUGUUUUAUAAUACCUUUCUUCUGAGGUUUAGACAUUUGGUACAAAAAAACAUUUUCCAUAUCAGAAUGUGUAACAAGCAUUUUCAUUUUGUUGACUUAAGUUAAGAUACAUUUGUGUUUUAACAUUUCUUUUGGAGGAGAUAUACCAAGCAGGGAAUGCAUUAUUUAAUGGAAGGUUUUUUUUAUUAUUAUUCUGUCAGGCUGCAGAAAUGUUAAGUUCUCAUCUCUUACCUGUCAGCCUGCAACAAAAUCUCACAAAUAUAUUUAGUAUAAAAUUUGGACUCCGCCAUAGUAUUUUAUUUCUAAAUUUUAGAUGUACCCGUAAAUUUUAAAUUCUAAAAAAUUAUAAAAUCUGUUCACUGUACGGUCUCUUUUAAAGGAAAGAGCAGAUGAGAACCUAACAAUUAUUUGGCUUUUGAGGACUUUUAAGGUAACCUUGCAUACCUCCUCCCCAUUUCGACAACUUUCGAACAUUCAGAUUUCUUGAAUAAAAUGGUGAUGAUCGGGUCGGUCAGAGAUGUAUAUUUAUAUCUCUGCUUUCCUUUUGUAAGAAUGUAUAAAUUUUACAUAUCAUAAACAUGAUCAUCGAAAUUUUUGUACAUAAUUAUUAACAGAUAUUUUAUGUAUAUUAUUAUAACUAUAUGAUAUUAUAUCCAGGUUUUAUACAAAAUAAGAAAAAAUAAAUUUGAAUAAAAAUCUAUAAAUGA